CAUAGUAGAGGGUGAGUGAGGCAAACACAACCCAAACUGGGGGGUUUCUCUUCAAAGCCAGCUGGUCUGGCUUUAUUCUACAGGAAUUUUUUUACCUGUCAGUUUGGUCAACGAAGCCCUCAGCAGGUGCUGACGGGUACAACUUCCUGGAGAAGCAGAAGAAGGGCACUGGUGCCGAAUAAGAAUUGUAAACUGUGAAGUAACUACUAUGGAACAGAUUAAGUAAAGCAUUGGAGGCGGAUGAUUUUGACAAUAAAGAGGGUGUAUGUGCCCCGUGCCUACUUCCUGUGCAGCUGAAGCAGCCCAGGAUACUCCUUACUACCCUUUCUGUGACUUGUUCAAAGAACUCUGUCUGGGGUGUUGCAGCCGUACAGAUUCAGACAGUACUGUUCGGAGAAGGAAGUGGAGAGUUUUGGUUCCCAUUUUGCACUUCUGGAACAGUUUAGGGAAGGAAGCACCUUUACACCUUUUAUUGUUCGUGGUUGCUGACAUCAUAUCCUUCCCUGACCACUCUGUGCGUGUUUCCUGCCAUUCUAUCAAGAUUUUUCUGUGUUGCAGGGAGGGAAAGGGAGAGUUUGUGUGUGUGUGUGAGAGAGAGAGAGAGAGAGAGAGAGAGACAGAAUGAGAGGUGGGAGUGGUUGAAUGAUCUGCAGCAUUUUUCCUUUACAACUUUUUCCUUUUUUUGAGGCUCAAAUCACUCUUCCAUCAGCUAUCUCUGCCUGUGCCAAAUCAUAAAGUGAACAGAAGCCCGCCAAAAUGAAGUUCCUCUUUUUAGUUACUAAACAAAAAGCAAUCAGGAGAAUAAACAAAAAGCACCUCCAGGUGAAUUCAGUAAAAGCAGGAACGGAUGCAGGGGUCUGUGAACUGAGCAGUGCAAGUGCUGAAGAGGGAGAUUUGUUUUGAGGAAACGGGAAAAAGGAAGAAAAGAGAAGGAAAAAAUACAUAAUUUCAGGAACGAGAGAGAGAAGAAAAACGGGGACUAUGGGGAGAAAAAAGAUUCAGAUCACAAGGAUUAUGGAUGAACGUAACAGACAGGUGACAUUUACAAAGAGGAAAUUUGGGUUAAUGAAGAAGGCUUAUGAGCUGAGUGUUCUAUGUGACUGUGAGAUUGCUCUAAUCAUCUUCAACAGCACCAACAAACUGUUCCAGUAUGCCAGCACUGAUAUGGACAAAGUGUUGCUGAAAUAUACAGAGUACAAUGAGCCACAUGAGAGUCGAACGAAUUCAGAUAUUGUUGAGACAUUGAGAAAGAAAGGACUUAAUGGCUGUGACAGUCCAGACCCCGAUGCAGACGAUUCAGUAGGUCACAGCCCUGAGUCUGAGGACAAGUACAGGAAACUUAAUGAAGAUAUUGAUCUAAUGAUCAGCAGGCAAAGAUUGUGUGCAUUGAACAAGAAAGAAAACAAAGGCUGUGAAAGCCCCGAUCCUGACUCCUCUUACGCUCUCACCCCACGCACUGAAGAAAAAUACAAAAAAAUUAAUGAAGAAUUUGAUAAUAUGAUCAAGAGCCAUAAAAUACCUGCUGUUCCGCCACCCAACUUUGAGAUGCCAGUUUCUAUCCCAGUGUCCAACCACAACAGUUUGGUAUACAGUAACCCAGUCAGCUCGCUGGGUAACCCCAACCUUUUGCCACUGGCCCACCCUUCUUUGCAGAGAAAUAGCAUGUCUCCUGGUGUGACACAUCGGCCUCCAAGUGCAGGAAACACAGGUGGUCUGAUGGGUGGGGACCUCACAACCGGUGCAGGCACCAGUGCAGGGAAUGGGUAUGGCAACCCCCGAAAUUCACCAGGUCUGCUGGUCUCACCUGGCAACUUGAACAAGAAUAUGCAAGCAAAAUCUCCGCCCCCAAUGAAUUUGGGAAUGAACAACCGUAAACCAGAUCUCCGAGUGCUUAUUCCACCAGGCAGCAAAAAUACAAUGCCAUCAGUGAAUCAGAGGAUAAAUAACUCCCAGUCUGCUCAGUCAUUGGCUACCCCAGUGGUUUCCGUAGCAACUCCUACUUUGCCAGGGCAAGGGAUGGGAGGAUACCCAUCAGCCAUUUCCACAACAUAUGGUACCGAAUACUCACUGAGUAGUGCAGACUUAUCAUCUCUCUCUGGGUUUAACACAGCCAGUGCUCUUCAUCUUGGUUCAGUAACUGGCUGGCAACAGCAGCACCUACAUAACAUGCCACCAUCUGCCCUCAGUCAAUUGGGAGCUUGCACUAGCACUCAUUUAUCUCAGAGUACAAAUCUCUCCCUGCCUUCUACUCAAAGCCUCAACAUCAAGUCAGAACCUGUUUCUCCUCCUAGAGACCGUACCACCACACCCUCGAGAUACCCACAGCACACGCGCCACGAGGCGGGGAGAUCUCCUGUUGACAGCUUGAGCAGCUGUAGCAGCUCAUAUGAUGGAAGCGACCGAGAGGAUCAUCGGAACGAAUUCCACUCCCCCAUUGGACUCACCAGACCUUCGCCGGACGAAAGGGAAAGCCCCUCUGUCAAGCGCAUGCGGCUCUCUGAAGGAUGGGCAACAUGAUAACAUUAUUACCUAUUAGUUUUUUUCUUGCAGUGUGUGUGUGCUAUACCUUAAUGGGGUGGGGGGGGUCGAUAUGCAUUAUAUGUGCCGUGUGUGGAAAAAAAAAAGUCAGGUACUCUGUUUUGUAAAAGUACUUUUAAAUUGCCUCAGUGAUACAGUAUAAAGAUAAACAGAAAUGCUGAGAUAAGCUUAGCACUUGAGUUGUACAACAGAACACUUGUACAAAAUAGAUUUUAAGGCUAACUUCUUUUCACUGUUGUGCUCCCUUGCAAAAUGUAUGUUACAAUAGAUAGUGUCAUGUUGCAGGUUCAACGUUAUUUACAUGUAAAUAGACAAAAGGAAACAUUUGCCAGAAAAUGGCAGACUUUACUGAGAGAGAAAGCAGCUGUUAUGCAACAUAUAGAAAAUGUACAGAUGUUUUGACAGACCCAGCAAUGGGUGGCCAUGAAGAAAUGUUAGAAAGAGUCUGGGUCACCUACCAUACCUAAAAUGCUCACAAACAUGCAGGCAUAUCAUUGGAGUAUGGCACUCAGUUAAAAGGGUCAAAGACAUGUAAAAGAGGACCAUACUUGUAAAAAUGUUGUGUUUGAGGGCUAACAUAUUUAAUUUUUAAAAUUCUGGGUCUGCAUUACUUAUUAAAUAAAAAAUAGAAAAAUAUGUACAUUACAUUUUGCUUAUUUUCAUAUUAAAAAGUAAGACAGAGUUUGCAAAGCAUUUGUGGCUUUUUGUAGUUUCCUUAAGCCAAAAUGUGUGUUUUUUUCCUUGAUAGCUUCGCUAAUAUUUUAAACAGUCCUGAAGAAAACAGAGGACUUUUUGUAUAGAAAGCACUACCCUAAGCCAUGAAGAACUCCAUGCUUUGCUAACCAAGAUAACUGUUUUCUCUUUGCAGAAGUUUUGUUUUUGAAAUGUGUAUUUCUAAUUAUAUAAAAUAUUAAGAAUCUUUUAAAAAAAUCUGUGAAAUUAACAUGCUUGUGUAUAGCUUUCUAAUAUAUAUAAUUAUGGUAAUAGCAAAGUUUUUGUUAUCUUAAUAGUGGGGGGGUUAUAUUUGUGCAGUUGCACAUUUAAGUAACUAUUUUCUUUUGGUUUUCUUUUACUCUGCAUACAUUUUACAGAUUUAAAGUCAGCUGUCAAAAAACUAAUCUGUAAAAGGUUAGAAUUUACCCAAGAUCUAACAACCUAAAUCAUUUUAAUACAACAUUUACAAAUCAUUGAGUGAACUGAGAUCCAUUGUAUAUACUGAUUAGUUCUUUCAUGCUGUUUUGUGCAUUGUAACAAGUUCAGGGCCCUGAUAUUACUUAUGUCCUGCAUAUCUUGUAAUUUCCACAAUUAAAUGACAAAGUGGCAUAACUUGGCCCCUUCUCAUAAAUUAAAUGAAGCUGAUAUUCUGUCUGCUAGAAUUGGAUGUGCAUCUCUUAAGGCUGCCAGGUAAUUAAGUGGAGGUGAAGAGCUCCACAAGUAGUGGAGAAAGAAGUCAAAAGUAAGGAGUUGGCACAUAAACACAAGUUACAGAAUUUUAAAAAUCUUAAAGAGAUUUGGGUGGUCAAUAAAAGAAGCAUUCAAAAGCAGAUUUGUCUUGUACAACCAAUACUUAGCCAACAAGUCACCAUCAUUCUCGCAGCCCUUAUUGGUCACAUUAUCACACAGAGGGAAUAUUGUUGAACAAUGUCUCCUGUGUAUUUCACCCAAACAAGUUUUGCAUGGAGCAUCCACCAUUUUCUCCUACCAUAUAUUUUUCUUUAAUUCAAAUCUUGUAGACAGAAAGAAUAUCCCAUUCAUUUUAGUUCCUCUUUGUCGCUCAUGUACUGUUACAGGAAAAUGGUGGAAUACAGGAUUUUUAGUUCAGCAUUUAUGUUGGGUGGGAUUUGUUGGGUUUGGCUUUUUUUGCGCAAUUCCCCAUUAAGAUUUUAGUCCGUACAACUGAUACUGUUUCUUCUUUUCAAGAGUAGUUCUGUCUCCCACCUAGAUGCAUUGACACAGUAGGGAAUCUAGCUGCAAUAGCUGUCUAAGUAUUAACACAGAGAUGUUAUGUUACGGGAAACAUACCUUCUAUUUCCCAUCUAUACAUGCAGUUGCUGUGCACUGCUCAUUGAUAAAGUCUACCUCUCUGUGGUAGCAAAUGGUGUAUAGUGUACAUUGUGCAUCAUGACUUGGGCUCUUCCUUUAUAUGCAACCUGACUACAAGUGCACAUUGGUCAUGCAAAGGCUAGUGCAUUGCUAUGUAUUUUGAAUGCUCUCUAAGCAGAACAUGUUGCUACUGCAGCCAUCCUGUCUUGUAGAACAAUCUGUGGAAUCAGAAAAAAGAUACGUGUGCAUAACAGAAGGUGAGACUAGCGCCCAUAAUCAGUUAUUUAAAACACAAAACUCUUUUUCAGAAUACAUUUCUUCACCUUAAAAUGAAUCUAUUCUCAGUCUGAAAUUUUUAAAGUUUAAUGUGUCUAAAAUAUGCAAAUAUAUCACAAAUGUACCUUGCCAUUUCAAAAAACUGAGGUUUAUGAGUAUUGUUAGUAGUAACUUGUCAGUGGGGGCAGGGGAGUCAGUCUAUUGAAAUAUGAAGAAUAGCCAUAUUAAUAGUUUACCUUACAAUUUGCCUCAGCAACACAAGAAAAAGGAAAUUUGAGAUUCUAAGACAGUAGUGGUAUAACAUACAUUACCUUAAGUAACUAGCAGAAAGUAGCAUGAAAGGUAUUGCCAUGGCAAUUUUUAGUAAUUCUAACCAUGGUUUUAUACAAACACAAAUCGAAUCACAUGAAUACGGAUGCCAGUCAUCCCUUUUGUUCCUGCUACUGAGCUCAACGAAAGUAUAGUGGCAAGAUAGUGGGGGAUAAUACAUAUUUGUAAACUGAUCUAAUUAAAAGAAGCACAACUUUGAUUGUGAAGUAACUUUCUGUAAACUAUAACUGUCUACUUUUACCUUUUCCUUUAUCUGUAACUUACCAUGUAUUGUGUUGCAAAGGUAAUUUGGGUUAUCGUGUGAGUUCUUUGUAUUUAAGGAGUUUGGGGCAGAGCCCUAAAAGAGUAUUAACAUUUACUUUACAUUAAUCCAUGCUAUAUAAUGUUUUAGGCAACAUUCUUAAUUGCAAGUUCAAAUACCUUAAGUGGCAUUUUGUACAUCUCCAAAUAUUGUUAUAGCUAAACUAAUCCUUCUUUAAAAAGGUGUUUUCAGUUAGCCCAGUUGUUGGCAACAAUGAUAUGAUGUACACAGUUGCACAAUCUGUAUAUUGUAUGCAUUGUUGCCUUUCACAAUGGAGCUGUUAUCAUUUCACUGUUUUUCAAAAGUUGUGUUUUAUAACAAAAUGGCUUAUAUUUUUCCCAAAAGUGGAAUUUAAUCGUUUUUAAUGAAUAAUAUAAAAAUAUUUGUUCUUAGAUCUUUUUCAGGUAAAGCUAAAGGAAGAAUAAAACAACUCAAUAUACUGUUUUCAAGAAUGUCAUUCCUUUUGUAUUGUAUGUAUUAUACUGUAUACCCAUCUUUUAACUAUAGACGUACCAAUGCUGUUUUGUUUUCUUUUUCCUCUUCUUCUCUUAGAAAGUAAACUCUUUGUAAUUUUUAAAAGCCACUUGAAACCUCAAUAAAGGCUGUUGCCUAAACAUGGCAUACUUCAUCUGUUCCUGUUUAUGCCAUCUGCUGUGAUGUUGUCACUUAUAUGGCAUUAAUUUCCUGCCACUGCAGAUCUCUUGAAGGACUGAUGGAACAUUGGUGUCUGUUAGAAUGCUUCAGACUGUAGAUGUAAUCAAAGGCUUUUGUUAAUAUAUUUUAACCAAAGAUGUGGAGCAAUCCAAGCUUUGAGCCACACCUUCUGCUCAAAAUUCUCCAUUUGAUUAUUUUCAUAAUCAGGUGUUGCAUUUUCCCUUCCCUGCUCAUACCUCAGACUGAUCCAUACCUCAGUUUGAUUCAAAGAGGUCAGUUCAACGACAAAUAAAAAAUGCAGUACUUGUGUCCUUUGUGGAGUAAAUAAUGUAAAACCUGAGUUACCUUAGGCAUUAUACUUGGAUUGCUUCAGAUGGUUUGUUGUAUCCUUUUUAUUUCCUGCUUCUUCUUUUUCUGGGGAUUUGUUUCCAUUAAACAAUGGUAAUUAAAAAGUAAGCUUGUAAAUGGGGAGCAUAUACAAGCAUUUGCAACAAGUAUUAAAAUAGAGGCUCACAGCGGCAUAAGCUGGACUUUGUCGCCACUAGAUGACAAGAUGUUAUAACUAACUUAAACUACAUCUGUGUAUCUCAAGGGACUUAAUUCAGCUGUCUGUAGUGAACAAAAAUGGGAAAAAUUCACAAGUUUCUCCUGCUGGAAAUAAGGUAUAAUUUGUAUUUUGCAGACAAAUCAGUAAAGUUACUGGCUUUCUUAGUGA